AUGUGGAUUUCCAAGCGCAAACCUGGCGACAAGAGAGGUGGAAGGAGGGUGCUAACGAGGAGCACAACGACAGUGGCGACGAAGAGCUCAUUUCAUUUGGGAGUUCCAGCAGUACGCCAACAGCCGUCAACAGAGUUGGGCGGAAUGCGGGUGGUACAAAUGCCAAUAGAGCGGCAGAGGGCGAAGACGACUCUAUCAUGGACGCGCGUGGUGGCAAGAGCACCAGCAGAAAGUGCGACAAGCAGCGCUGCAAGAAGGGCGCUAAGGAUUUUUUAA